UUUCAUCCAGAUCAACGCGUCCACUCCGGCUUGGUUCAGCUCUGCGGUCGACUGUUUCUGCCUUUGGGCGAGAAAACAGAACACUCGAAUACCUGAGGCAGGUAAAUGAGUUUCUGUGUGACGUAGGCAGGCUCACUGCGCGUGCGCACUGAGCUCGAGCCCUGUGGGGAAACACUGUCAGUAUUGUUCUCGCGUCCAGUUUAGGAGCCCGGAGCAGCAGGAGGAGCAGCAGGAGCAGCAGCAGGAGGAGGAGGAGGAGCAGCAGCACUCCUCUGACAAAUUCAACACUUUUCUUCUUCCAACUCCCGAGCGCUUCCCGGCAGCAGAGAGGACAGGAAAGCUGGGUUUUUUCUACAGGUUGUUGUUGUUUCUAAUGAGCCUCUCGUAGACCCACCUGAGCCUGAGAGAGAGAGAGAGAGAGAGAGAGAGAGAGAGCAGCCAUGCCUCUGGGGCUGAGGAGGAAGAAGAACAAGUCGCGGGAGAGCUCUCAUCUGGUGGAGAAUGAGGAGGUGGGCGGUGUGGGGAAGACGGAGCUGAACGGCGACGGGGUGGCUCCUCCGCCCGCAGCGCUCCGGCCCCGGCUGGUCUUCCACACGCAGCUCGCUCACGGCAGCGCCACCGGCCGGAUAGAGGGAUUCAGCAACGUCAAAGAGCUGUACGGCAAGAUAGCAGAGGCCUUCAACAUACAGCCCACUGAGAUUUUGUUUUGCACCCUCAACACUCACAAAAUUGAUAUGGAGAAGCUGCUUGGAGGGCAGAUCGGCCUGGAGGACUUCAUCUUCGCUCACAUUAAAGGGAUCAAAAAGGAAGUGGAGGUGUUCAAGGCUGAGGACGCGCUGGGCCUCACCAUCACAGACAACGGGGCUGGAUAUGCAUUCAUAAAGCGUAUAAAGGAGGGCAGUGUGGUGGACGGUGUGAAGGUGAUCUGUGUGGGAGACCACAUCGAGUGCAUUAACGGGAAGAACAUUGUGGGAACGCGGCAUUACGAAGUGGCCCGAAUGCUGAAGGAUCUGCCCAAAGAUCAGUCCUUCACCCUCAAACUGGUCGAGCCCAUGAAAGCCUUUGAUAUGCUGGAGCCAAGGUCAAAAGGAGGCAAACCUGGAGGAGAAAACAAGAUUGGCACUGGCAGAGGGACUCUCAGACUACGCUCCAAAGGUCCAGCAACCGUGGAGGAAGUGCCCACAGAGUUUGAAGAGAAGGCAGUGAAGAAAGUGGAUGACCUGCUCGAGAGUUACAUGGGCAUCCGUGACACGGAAUUAGCGGCAACAAUGGUGGAGGUCGGUCGGGACAAGGUGAACCCGGACGAGUUCGCUAUGGCUCUAGACGAAGCUCUCGGAGACUUCGCCUUCCCAGACGAGUUUGUGUUCGACGUGUGGGGAGCUAUUGGAGACGCCAAGCAGGGACGGUUUUAAUCUCACCCCCCCACUUCCCAUGCUCAGCGAAGUCUUCGGGAUGCUGUAUAGAGAACAGCAGUACGUAGAAGGGAGUGAUGCUGAUUUCCUACCACUGUGAUCUGGCGGCACAUAUACUAUAGCUCACUCAAAGUGUACUUAUUUUCUUAGGCAUCACAAACUUGUUAAGGCAUAUACUUUUCUGUAGAGCGGAGAAGCAAACCCCAGUCAUUUUAACAGGGCCCUCAUAUUCUGGGGAUUUUAAAAUUACACUAAGAAGAGUUCUAGUUUUUGUGCUUCAGUUUGCUGAUUUCCUUCUAAGCACCACGUAUCAUGAAUGUGCCUUUCAGGCUGAUUUACUAAUGUUUGAUUAAAAUCGGUAACAAGGUCAGUGAGCGGUCACUGUGUACGAGUAAUAGAAUGGUCUGUUGUUUUGUGGGGUAGUGAUUUUUCUUGAACAAGCUCACUGAGGCCUAAAUGAGGGGAAACUCUGAAUAUAAGUGAAUUCAUGUGUGACCUGGGCGACAGUCACAAGCAUCCGGCCUGUUUAAUGUUCGCACCACAUUUUUCUACCGUAUUUUCUAAACCAUGUGCUAGAAGGGGCUUCUUUUACUGCACUUGUGUUGACCUUAGAUUCAAAGCAGGUUCGCGUUGCUUAGAAAUCUGUUCCAAUGAAGGACUAUAGGAGUUUUAGCCUCAAGUCUAGACUUCAGUCUGCCGUUAUGUUUUAUACAAUAUCUAUGACUAAAAUAUGAAAUCGUGACGCUUAACUUUAGACGAGGGUGAUCUCCGACACAUUCCUAUGAGAAUAUUUUGUACAUGAAUAUACGAUAAUUGUCAUUUUAUAGAUGGAUAGAUAUAUUUUCAGCCUUUUAAUUUAUUUGUUUAAUAAAAUUCUUGUUUUACGCAGAAUGUUUCGAGACACUGGACGAGGACUAUUUUCGAUAUCUGAUAUGUUUUAUAAUGAAAUUUCAGCUUGGGAAGCUACAGUUUUGCCUCAGCAUUAAACUUCUGAUGUAGUGCCAUCUUAUUGCUAAGCUAGUUUUAGAAAAUCUCACUGCGGCGGCUCAAAGUUUGUUGUCUGCCUGUUUUUUGUCCAUCGGGGAGGAAAACGUACUAGUGAGCCAAAAAUGAAAAUGGAAAUAUGAACAGAAAGCUUUUAAUUAAUGUGAGAAUCGCUGGCUCAGAGCUAGUGCGCCACCUGCUGGACAAAAAACCUCUAUUGGGCUGCUCUUUUUUAUAAUCGCUGUAGUGUCACUCCAUAAGGGACAUUUGUGAUAGAGAUUUAUGUACGUAUGUAUGUAUGUAUGUAUGUAUGUAUGUAUGUACGCCUACACAGAUGUAUUGUGUUAUUUUGUAUGAACAAUACUUUAUUGUGCUCAAAUGCAGGUACUCAGUUAAGCAGCGUGGGACUACUUUCACCAAACCCUGGAAAAGAUAUCGGUGUCGGAUAUCAGCGUCCUAUUUUAUUAAGCAAAUGUUUGAAUAGUCACUCACUGUGAUGAAUAAACUACUAUGAUCCUUGUA